AUGAAUACAACCGUCGCACUGUUGACGACGGUAGCAAAGCUGGGGUUCAUAGCAGCAAACUCAGGAGCUCUUGGCCAAUUACGCUGGAACUGGUACAGCAAGCCCCACUUACUCAGCGAUCUCAACAGCUUCGACGACGCUUCCAGAGGUUCGCCGUGGGGCUCUGUACAGCUUCUGCUCAAACUCCACGUUCGGCAUCUGGCGUCAACAGGAGCUUUCAUCUCCUUAGCUGCCAUUUUCUUCAGUUCUCUUACUCAACAGGCGCUUACUUUCCCUUCUCGGUCCAUCGCUUCGGGCUCUGCACGGAUGCCUCGUGGCUACAGUUAUGUGACGGACACGAGCCAGCAAUUCAUCCUCGAUACGACAGAUAUAAACUUUGUAUCGCCAACGGAUUCGAACAUGUUGGCCGCUGUUGCUUUCACAGCUUACAAUAGCUCGAAAACAAUCUUGCCAUCUUUUGCCCUUGAGCCUGAGUGCCUCAGUGGAAACUGUACGUUUGAGAGCUACACAUCACUCGCUGCUUGUAGCGAGUGCACCGUGGUGAACGAUCAAGUUACGACGACCUGUGUUGGGGACGCUUGCUAUUAUACUCUCUUGAUGAAUCAGACGGCCAGCUUGAACGGUACAUUGGUUACAGGCGUUCGCUACAAUUCCACGGCAGGCUUACCUAUAUACACCGUCUUGAAUGUCACGUCCAACAACUACAACAACCGACCCUUCGAAGUUGUCAACGUGUCAGCGCUAUACACAAACUACACCAUAGCCUCGAAUGACUCGUCUACAAUCGAGGUUGGAGCUACUACUGCCAUGAGUUGUGGUGUAUUCAUGUGCGUCAAGACUUUCAACAGCACUAUCACGAAUGGAACGCUCUCUGAGAUGGUGCAAUCCACGCACUACAUCAACGCGUCUGCUUUUACUCAGUCAAAUGGGGUCUAUAAAGCACCCAUAUCUGCUGCAGGAUUGCCCGGAAAUGCCACCCUUGUGAUAAGUCAAGACUCGUUGAAUGUUUUCGGCCAAAGUCUCGCUUUCCUGUACACUGGCUCCGCGAUCCUUGGGCCAGGAUUCCGGAGAGGAGAUAGUGUGCCCACAUACGCCUUCGGAUACACCUCUACAACUCUGCAAAGUCUUCUCAACAACGGCUCUGUAGACAUCGAGCAAGCCGUAGCCAACAUCGCAACUGUGAUGACGAACGUCAUCCGUCAGCAGAGCGAUCCCAUGCAAUACUUUGUGGGGACGUCUUACUCUUUGGAGACAUUUCUUGUGGUACGCUGGGCAUGGAUCGCUUAUCCUGCUACCAUUGAAGCAGUAGUACUGCUCUUCUUGCUCGCGACAAUUUUCAAAACCGGCCGCAGUGGCGUUCAAUCUGUCUGGAAGUCCUCUCCGAUUGCACUUCUUUUCCAUGGGCUGGAGGAUCGAGGCGAAGCUCUGAAAAAUGUAUCGGAGAUCUACGAGCUCAGCGAGAUGACUGAGUUAUCGAAUCAGAUUCGCGUACAACUCGCUAGGCAGGGACCGGGCACAACUUUAGUAGAUGCUCAAACACAGAGUUAG